UGAGCCAAGCACCUCAUGACCUCCGCACUGUAGGCGAAUCACCUGGACCUCUUUGAUGUGCCUCACGCUCAUUUCCUGGCAUCUGCGGAAUAUCCUCGGUCACCGCGCUGCCUCCGCUCUUUUCCACGCACCUCCGGCUUGGGGCGGUAGAAUCAAUUCAUACAACGACCGGUCGCUCUGGGCCGGCGUCCGUCUGGGAUCCGCUUCCCGAAAGGGGUGGUCAGAAGGUUUAUUUUCCAGUCUGUGGCAGAUUGUCAUGUGUCCGCCACGACUGCCGUAAUCGAGGGAAAGCCCGAAAUGUCUCCGCGCGGUCAUACAAAUACACGAAUGUUUGCGUGCGACGAAUUCGACUGACGGUCAUGUCUUCAAUCCACCGCGAGCCCGCCCCGAUAGACGAGAAGGUUGAAGAGCCGCACGGCGGGGCUCACCUCGAGGACGCGGAGAUCCUGGAUGCCGCAAACACCGACCUGGCUGUGGCGCUGGCCACGGGCCCGCGGCUGAAUCCGCUCGGCUUGCGCUCGAUCCAGCUCUAUUUCAUCCUCCUCGUCGCGUUCAUGGGCAGUCUCGCCAACGGAUUCGAUGGCUCAGUCAUGUCAGCUGUCAAUGGGAUGCAACAGUACCUGGAUUAUUUCAAGAUCACUGGCAAGGAUGCCGGCGGAGGUGUUGGGUCGACCACCGCACUUAUCUUCGGAAUCUACAGCAUCGGAAGUAUUGUUGCAGUCCCCGUCGCCGGCCCUGUCACCGACUACUUCGGACGCCGGGGAGGAAUGUUCAUCGGCGGCGCUAUCAUCAUCGUCGGCUCCUUGACUGCAACCACCGCGAAGGAUGUCAGCGCUCUUCUUGGCGGGAGAUUUGUCCUGGGUCUGGGUGUUGGAAUCGUUCAGACCGCGUCUCCAUCAUAUGUCGUUGAAAUGGCACCACCUCAGUGGCGUGGGCGAUUGACUGGCCUUUUCAACACCUUCUACUACGCCGGUUCGAUUCUCUGCAGCGGCAUCACGAUUGCCACGGGACGUCUCCAAAGCACCCGAUCUUGGAGAGCCCCGCUCGCCAUCCAGAUCGUCGCAGCUGGCAUCCUCGCUGUUUUCGCUCUCUUCCUCCCCGAAUCGCCCCGAUGGCUUCUCGCUGUCGGCCGAAAGGACGAUGCGCUGGCUGUGCUUGCCCGUUACCACGGCAACGACGACCCCAACUCGCCCCUGGUCCAGCUGGAGAUGCGGGAAUUCGAGAAGUCCAUCAAGCAGGAUGCCUCGGACAAGCGCUGGUGGGACUACAGAGAGUUGUUCAACACCCCGAAUGCCCGCUACCGCACCUUCAUGAUGACGCUCAUGGCAUUCUUCGGACAGUGGUCCGGAAACGGUCUCGGAUAUUUCCUCACGAUCCUCUUUGCUAACGCUGGUGUGAAGUGAGCUCGAGCGUCCUGCGGUUUCCUGUUGUCUGAAGAAUUGAAGGACGCAAAAUGAGCGUUUGACUCUGAAUUUCGUCAACACCCUGGUUUCCGCUGCUGGAGCGGUCAUCGCCACAACUUUGGUUGACAAAGUCGGUCGUCGAAAGAUGUGGUUCUGGGGCACUCUCGUCAGCGCCUGCACAUUGAUGGUCGUCACGGGUUGCACAGCCAAGUGGGGCAGCGCGGGAAGUAAUCCCGCCGGUGCCAAUGCCGCUAUUGCCUUCAUCUUCUUGUUCGGCUUUUUCUACAGUCUCGCGUAUACGCCACUGCAAGCACUAUAUCCCGCCGAAGUGCUCCAGACAAAUACUCGCGCCAAGGGAAUGGCCCUAUAUGCUCUGUUUGUCAGCUGCGCGUCUUUCGUCAACACCUACGCUGGACCCAUCGCCUUGAAUAACAUCGGAUGGAAAUACUACAUCGUCUACAUUGCAUGGGAUCUCUUUGAGUGUGUCGUCAUCUACUUCUGUGUCGUCGAGACCAAGGGCCGGACGCUGGAAGAGCUCGACGAGAUUUUCGAGGACCCGCACCCCGUACGAGCCUCUCUGCGCCACCGCAAGGUCGCUGUUGUCAAGGACGAGAAGGGCCAAACGGUUGCAGUUGAGGAUGCUUGAAUCUGCUUUCACGUUCAUGAUUUUAUGACGAGAUAUACUUGACUUGAUAAUCUACGAAAUGAGAUAAGAUAAGAUACAAUGUCGGAUGUGAAAGGUCCCAUGAAUUAGCCACGAGACAAGGUCGAACUGGGACCGCCGCGCAUGCCAUACACUUUCACUAUCACGCUUAUGCCGCCACUUACUCUCAACCCCCCCUGAAAAUCGAUACAUUAUGGCUCCUUGCGGCUGGGGCUUUUGCCACAGUAUCCAAUUUACUUUUUUUUUUCUCGUUUAUGCAUUCUGAUCAUCAUGAAGACUGGAAGUCAGGAAUCGGAUCGACUUUGUGAGCGGCUACGUUGCCGAUCGUCCGAAAGCCGUUCUCGUCUAUGAUAUUUCGUAAGAUGUUUGGAGCCUGUUGGUCCUGUCGGUGCAACUACAGCACCCGCUGGACUUCCGCUGGAGUGCCGCACUGGGACACAAUCACGCAUUGGUGCGACUGCUGGAGCCCCGCUGGAGUUCCGCACACCGCUACGUGUGUUCCGUUGGGCCGCCGCAGGACAACUGCCCACUCCCGCUGGAGUUCCGCUGGGUUCGGUGCCGCUUGAACUGAGUUCCCGUGAGACUCGAACCUCUGAACAACACUGGGUCUGAUGCAACAUGUGGCUUUACUUCAAAAUUGAUGCAGUCCCACAGCCCGUAU